ACAUGAUGCCCCAACUCGUCUUUCGUGACUUCCACCUGUCACGCAAACCCUUUGAGAGUGGACUCCGCCGCGACCGUAGGUAGGUAGGUCCACGGAGAGACAGCGCGAUGGUGGCGCGCAGGUUCGUGGUCCGGCAGGCCCCCGCCGGCGAGGGGGAGGUCGAGGAGCACGCGGUAGAGUACGAUACGGAGGACGGCCUCGACGUCCUCCGCUUCCAGAUCUUCUCCCUCACCUCCGUCCCGCCCGACCACCAGAAGAUCGUGGUGGAGGCGGAUGGGUCCGUGGUGGACGACGGCACCGACCUGGAGGCCAUUGCUGAGGGCCUCCGCCUCGUGUCUAUCGACGAGGGGGAAGACGCGGCGGCGGCGACGAGGGCACAGGAGAAGUCCGACGAGGAGCUCGCGAGGAUGAUUCAGGCAGAAGAAGAGGCACUUCUCCUACAACAGUACAGCAUACAGAUCAAUGGAGGAGAGGUGUUCAGAGAAAAAGUAGAGCCGUACAUGCAUCGAGUUCUGAUGUACGAGGAUCCAGCACGUCAAGAGGCAGCACGGAAGACGGUUCCAAUAGAUGAACUUGAGGAGAAGGCGCUGGUUUCACUAGCCAAGGAAGAGAACUUCAGUCCUUCGAAAAAUGAAGAGGAUCAUGCCUUUCUGCUGCAAUUGCUGUUCUGGUUUAAGCAAUCAUUCAGAUGGGUUAAUGCAGCACCUUGCGACAGCUGUGGCCGUGAAACAUCCAUGGUUGGAAUGGGCAACCCGCUUCCCUCAGAAAUUGAAUUCGGUGCAUCACGGGUUGAGAUCUAUAGGUGCAAUCAUUGUUCUAGUAUCACCCGUUUCCCAAGGUACAAUGAUCCUUCUAAGCUUCUUCAAACUAGGAAAGGACGCUGUGGAGAAUGGGCCAAUUGCUUCACAUUCUAUUGUCGAGCUUUUGGAUAUGAAGCUCGUCUGAUUCUGGAUUUCACUGAUCAUGUAUGGACAGAAUGUUUUUCAAACUUGUAUGGGAGAUGGAUGCACCUAGAUCCAUGUGAAGGGGUCUACGAUAAUCCCCUGUUGUAUGAGAAAGGGUGGAGCAAGAAGUUAGAUUAUGCUAUUGCUAUUUCAAAAGAUGGAAUGCGUGAUGUAACAAAACGCUACACCAGAAAGUGGCACGAGGUUCUCUCUAGGCGAACAAUUACCUCAGAAGAUACAGUUUCAGCUGUUCUGAUGAAUAUAACGAGCAAGUAUCGCAGUGGACUGUCAGCUGAUGCACUUACGUUCCUAGAAACUCGUGACAAGAAAGAGUCUGAGGAACUUAGUAAAGCUACCUAUCUUGAAGUUGACACCACCAUAUCAUUACCUGGAAGGCAAAGUGGUUCUGUGGAAUGGAGAACAGUGAGGUCAGAAUUGGGCCAAAUAGACACACUCACUUGCUCAUCGUGCCCUGUUCGGAGAUGUGUGGAUGCUCAUGUUUCAAAAAUAUAUGAUGCUCUUUCAGCUAUUCUUUCCCAUUUUAAUGAUAGACAGAUCCCUAAAGAAAGAAUUAUUGAAGUUUUCAACACAAUGAAGAGUUUAAUGCAAAAUCUUAAAGAUGCCCACUUUAAAAGCAGGAGAGUAAUAUUAGACCAAAAAUUGCAACAAACUUUUGAGGAGAUAUCCCCAUCUAUGGAAAUGUUGCUCUCCGCUCUGUCCUUGAAACCAGAGUUGGGUACCAAUGGAGAAAGAUCUGUGGCUACAGUUGGAAAUCCAAUACAUACAUCCUUAACAUUACCAGUAGCACUUGAUGCAGUUGAUGAGAUACUGAGUAACUAUAAGAACAAUAUCUUUUACGCAAAGGGUCACCAUUUCCCAAGAGGCGAUAGACUAUGUUCAGGUUCAAUCCUUGCAAGUAGCGAGCAGCUCCCAACCGGAAUUGCAACUGCUGCAUUUGACGGCAUUCGGUCAUCGAAAUGGGAAGAACCUGAUGGAGCCACAGGAUGUUGGCUUAUUUAUAAAGUGUUUGAUGACCAAACUUACGAGGUGCAAAGUUAUGAUUUGAUGUCAGCUAAUGAUGUUCCAGAGAGAGAUCCAAUGGACUGGAUUCUCGAAGGGAGCACGGAUGGAGGCUCUACCUGGAAUACUAUUGAUGAACGCAGUUCUGUAUUGUUUGACAGCCGUUUCUGUAGGAAAACAUUUACUGUGGACAAGAGAUGCAAAGCAAAUGCAUUUCGGUUUCGGUUUCUACGUGCCAGGGAAUCUACUGCCAAUCCAAGGUUUCAAAUAGGAUCAAUCGACCUCUACGGGAAAAGCAUGUGACCUCUUAACGGAAGUGUGUUUUAACUUGUGUGGAAAGCCCAACAAGUGACAUUAAACCUUUUCGAAGCAUGCACUAGACAAGCUGGUAUUCAUGGGCCUCAUGGCCAUUAUGUACUUAUACUGGAGUAUCUGGGAGAUUUCAAUGCAUUUAAACUUCCCCUUGAUUUCUUUA